AAAGAAAAAAAAUCAAAAUCCCUAGAGAAGGAAGAAUGGCGAAAUCUGGUGCGGCUUGUGAGGAUGGGAAAGCUGCUGCUUCUGCUGAUGAUAACAAAUGUGUUCUCUCUCAUAACAAAGGUGCGGCUUGUGAGGAGGGGAAAGCUGCUGCUUCUGCUAAUGAUAACAAUGUUAUCUCUCAUAACAAAGGUGCCGCUUGUGAAGGGAAACCUGCUUCUGGUGCUGAUGACUCAGAUAACAAAGGUAUAAAGUGUGAAGGGAAACCUGCUUCUGCUGAUGAUGACAGUGAUAUCUCAGACAACGAAGCCGCAAAGGUACUUUUCCCCAGAAGAAGCUGUUCUCGUUUGGAAGGCCAAUUCCGCCUUAUCUGCAGAAGCACUCCGAGGCAGUAGACAUCAACGAUGGAUUUGAAACCAGUGGGCGAGCUCAAGAGAGAUCUGCUUGGGGAUUAGAACCUGUGGCUGCGGUUUCUGCAAAAGUUGAGAAGAAAGGAAAAGCACUUGCCGGAGAAGUGAAAGUGGUUGCAGGAGAGGCAGUGACUGCGGUUUCUGGAGAAGUUGUGAGGGCAAGAGCCUUUUGGAAAAGGGCGUUUGAAGUUGCUCGAAAGCAUGAUGCAGGAAAGAAAAUACACUGCUUUUCAUAUUGGCUCCAAGUUGCUGAGCAAAAUGGGCUAUGUCGCUGGCUCUGGCCUUGGCAAGCAGGGCCAAGGGAUACUAGAGCCCCUAGAACCUACCGUUUUACCAAAAAAUACUUGCUUGGAACAUGCGAUAGCCUUGAUCAAGAAGAGUGAAGAUGAGAAGAAGAAGAAGAAGCAAGACUGACCGGUUUUAGGAUGAUACUCUUUGCAAAACAUUCUUUUUGCUUAUAACUAACAGCUACUGUAGUCGUUCUUCAUUUUGAUACUACUUUUAUCUGACUUUUUUUUUGGCAACACCACACAUAUUCCUUGUACUUAGCUGCAUUACUUUUAGUCUUUUACCUUUGUUUUAGAAGA